ACAACCGUAUUGUCCUCUUCAACGCUGAGCAACCCGAUCCGCCGAGGGAGAAGGAGUCAGUCGACGGGGGAAAAAGCACAUUGGAAAAAAAUACAUGCUCCUGCUCUCGCGAAGGAAAAGGCAGACUGGCCGCCCAGCCCCGUGCCCUCUGCGGGCUGCGCGGCCGAGUCCCGGGGGCGGGGAGCUGUCCGGCGCGCAGAGAGUUAAAGGCAUCAUCGCAGCCAUUAGAGGGAAAAGUUGCGGCGUGGAGCCCGGCGGAGUCCUCCUGCCCGCCCCCCUUGCCCACUCCCCGCUCGCCGAGCCGGCUCGGUGUGGAGGGAGGGCAGUGAUCACGCCAGCCGGAGCGGCGGGCUGACGUGGGACGAGCCGCCGGGUAGCUUAGAGCAGGCAGCGAAGCAGCGGGGACACUUCCCAGCGUGGCAAGCCGGGUCUGGACUCGAAGCCUCACCGAACCCGAGCCGGCUGGUUUUCACCUUCACGAACUGUUCUCCCCUCUCCUAAAGCCAGCGCUCGCCGAGCGAGCAGCAGGAUGUUUGCAGUGUUCCGACCAGGACGCUGAGACGAAGCCUCUGAUACAUUUGCAUUCCUUUCUUUUCGGGAAUUUUGGCUGUUGGCUACACUGAUGUGACCCCCUCCCCCUUUUUGGAAUGAUGGGGAUCUUUUUGGCAUACGUUGGAUUUGUUUUCUUUUCCGUUUUAUAUGUACAGCAAGGGCUUUCUUCUCAAGCAAAAUUUACCGAGUUUCCGCGGAACGUUACGGCGACCGAGGGGCAGAAUGUGGAAAUGUCCUGCGCUUUCCAGAGCGGCUCCGCCUCAGUGUACCUGGAGAUCCAGUGGUGGUUCCUGCGGGGGCCCGAAGACCUGGAGCCCGGGGCCGAGGUGGCCGGCGCACAGGCGGAACUGGUGCCUGACCGAGACCCGGACAACGACGGGACCAAGAUCAGUACAGUGAAAGUCCAAGGCAAUGACAUCUCUCACAAGCUUCAGAUUUCCAAAGUGAGGAAAAAGGAUGAAGGCUUAUAUGAGUGCCGGGUGACCGAUGCCAAUUACGGAGAGCUUCAGGAACACAAGGCCCAGGCCUACCUGCAAGUCAACGCCAACAGCCAUGCUCGGAGGAUGCAGGCCUUCGAAGCCUCGCCCAUGUGGCUGCAAGAUGUGAAGCCUCGCAAGAAUGUCUCUGUGGCCGUUCCCAGCAGCAUCCACAGCUCUGCCAACCAGCGGAUGCACCCCACCUCCAGCCCUCAAGCGGUAGCCAAAAUCCCCAAACAAAGUCCACAAUCAGCAAAGAGCAAAUCGCCUGUAAAAUCUACGGAGCGGACAGCAAAGUUGACCCUAAACUCCAAGCACCACUCUGCACCCACUGUACUCUAAUUACCUACACAAGGAGCGCCUGCUUCCGGAAGCAUAAACGAAGAGGCUAUCACACGCUUUGUCCAUAAUAUUUUCUUUGGCAAAUCACUGAUCUUUUAUUUCAAGAGAAUUAAUGUGAAGUGAUAGGACAUUUUCUAAUAACAAGAUCUAUUUUUUUCUUUUCUUUUGGCUACUUAAAGCACCAUCUCACUGACUACUCAGGGGUUGGCCUGACCUUCAUCGGUAUAGUAAAUAUUUACCAUGGAGACCACUGAUUUCCUACUAAAGGACCCAUUAUCUGCAGGAAGCAAACAGAGAUCAAAAGGCUACAGAAUAUAAACUAUCAUUAAACAAAAUCCUUGUUUUGGGGCAAGAACAAACUUAUCAACACUGCGAGUCAACAGGGAGAACAUUAUUUUAAAUAAAAAAUAAUGGAAGAAUUUUUUAAAUUUUCCCUUUUUCUUGGAUUUUUCUCCUUUUUCUUGAUUAUAUUUCUUCUUUAAUGGUGGCAAUGCUGAUUAUGCUGAUUACGGCCAAUCCCUGUCAAUCCUGGGAGGUUUAUAUAAAUACAUUUUGUGUGUUCUAUAUGUCAAUGUAUUUUAAUUCAUUUUGCAACUCCUGUAUAUGCGAACUUGACAAAUUCUGUAAAUCGCUUAUAGUAUCUGUGCUAUAACGUCAAAGUAGAUAGACUGUGACCCUCAUGCAAGCUGAUUUUAUCACUAGAUAUAUAAAUAUAUACAUGCAAAUAUCUAUAUGUUGGGCCAUCAACCAACUUUUUUUUGAUAAAGCGUUUGUUUUUCACUUAUAAUUCAUGUAUUGUGUGAAUUUCGUAAGGCAUUGUUUCACUUCCACAGGUUUAACAGCUGCAGAUGGUCUCUGUUGCUCUGCUUCCUUCUGGAAAAUGCAUUUUAAAAUUACAUCAGUCUCUGAUGAAUGAAUUAAUUUUGUUGUGUGUAUGCUGUGUUGGAAUUUGCUAUAUUCCUUUAUGUACGCUGUUUAUUGAGGUUUGUGGGUCUCUUGACUCUGAAGAAUGUACAUUGUCUGGUUUUGACAACUAUCUCUGUAUUAUUAUCAUCAUUAUUAUUGUCAAAAAGCAAUGUUGCUUCUAGAAAAUUUGCCUUGGAGGUGAAUGUGGGAAAGGGGAAGUGGGCAUCAUGAUUCCCUGAGUCCCUGGAAGAACACUGUUGCUGGGGCUAGAAUGCUGCUUCCUUUGACCUUUAUGAAUUUUUGUAGCUUUGUCAUUCUGUUAUUUGCUGCUAAUUAUAUUUUAUUGUCUCCUGAUUAAAAAUUAAAAUUUGGUUGUUGGCUAAAUAUAA